AUGCGCUUUUUAGCUAGCUGCUACAUACGCCGAGAGUUUUUGUACGUGAAGUACAGUGUUAAAUACGAUAAAGGUCCAAAGGGAUUGCUGUCUCUUAACCACGUGUGCCCUGAAGAGCCAGCCACCACAUUGGAUCUCUCUGUUGGUAGUAGAGUAGUUGCUCUUUACGGAGUCCUGGACUUGUGGUAUGCAGGCAUUGUUGCUGAAGUUGCGUGUGCUGCAAACAAGCAGCGAGUCCUUGUUUUCUUUGACGAUGGUUUUGCUCAGUAUUUGCCGCUGAAGAAAAUCCACAAAGUUCAUCACAAAGGUCAAAAUGUUUGGGAUGACGUAACAAAAGACUCGCGUGAUUUUAUUCAGGAGUACUUGGAAGACUUUCCCUCCCGCCCAAUGCUACACGUUAAAGUUGGACAAUGGAUUCGUACUGAAUGGAAAGGAGAUUGGUGGAGAGCGAAAGUGCUAAGUGUUGAUGGAAGCCUUGUAAAGAUGCUAUUUGAAGUUGACAGACGUUCUGAAUGGAUAUAUCGUGGCUCGACUAGAUUGGAUCCUUUAUACCAAACAUUGGUAAAUGGAGAACAACAGCAGUCAAAAAAAGCGAGAAAAUUGACCCGUGGUCGUCCGUCGAAGAAAGGCGUACCUUUCAUUGAAUAUAACAUCAGUCCGCCUUGUUACGGAAUAUCGACAUACAGUAAAACAGAUCCCAAAGGUAUUCAGCAACGACAGUUGAAAGAACAGAGAGAAAUCACCUCAAAACAACAACAGAAUGUAGAGUCACGUAAGGAAGAAUUAAAGCUUCGUUUACGUAAAAGCGGCGACAAAUCAUGGCUUGCAGUCCAUGAAAAAGCGUCUUCCAUUAAAUCGCCCGUCAUUGAACCAUCAACAUCUGAUGAAAAACUUCAAAAGGAUGUGUCUUCUUUCCCUCCAGAAGUACAGAAUAAAGCAAUCAUGAUUGAAGAUGAACCAGUCGUCGAAAGUACAUAUUCAUGCAUUCAAGCGAGUACUAUGAGAAAGAGGACUGGUGCGAGCUUAUUAAACAACGAGAUAUUCAAGUUCGAGUGCAGUGGUCAAAUUUCCACAAGCGGCAAAGUUUUUUCAAAGCAGCAAACUCCAUACAAACAAACCCCAAAUCAACAAACUACACACCAGAAAACUCCAAAUGAACAAACUACACACCAGCAAAUUCCAAGUCAACAAACUACACACCAGCAAGCUCCAAAUGAACAAUUUACACACCAGCAAACUCCAAAUCAACAAACUGCACACCAGCAAACUCCAAAUCAACAAACUACACACCAGCAAGCUCCAAAUCAACAAACUACACACCAGCAAACUCCAAAUCAACAAACUACACACCAGCAAACUCCAAAUCAACAAACUACACAUCAGCAAACUCCAAAUCAACAAACUACACACCAGCAAACUCCAAAUCAACAGACUACACACCAGCAAACUCCAAAUCAACAAACUACACGCCAGCAAACUCCAAAUCAACAAACUACACACCAGAAAACUCCAAAUCAACAAACUACACACCAGCAAACUCCAAAUAAACAAACUACACAUCAGCAAACUCCAAAUCAACAAACUACACACCAGCAAACUCCAAAUCAACAAACUUCACAGCAGCAAACUCCAAAUCAACAAACUACACACCAGCAAACUCCAAAUCAACAAAUUACACACCAGCAAACUCCAAAUCAACAAACUACACACCAGCAAACUCUAAAUCAACCAACUACACACCAGCAAACUCUAAAUCAACAAAGUACACACCAGCAAACUCCAAAUCAACAAACUGCACACCAGCAAACUCCAAAUCAACAAACUGCACACCAGCAAACUCCAAAUCAACAAACUGCAUACCAGCAAACUCCAAAUCAACAAACUACACACCAGCUAACUCCAACUAAACAAGCUGCGAAUCAACAAACUCUGAUUCUGCCAAUUCCAAAGCAACAAACUCUGAUUCUGCCAAUUCCGAAGCAGCAAACUCCAAUUCUACAAACAACAAAACAAUAUGCAGACAAUCAACAAACCCCAAUUCAACCAACUCUAAAGCAAAAAACAACAAAUGAACAAAUUCCAAUUAAAACCGUUGUGUGUAAAGCAAGUCCAGUCCCCAAUACUCAAUGGAAGGCGCCGUGGUUAAAGAAUCGCAAAAAAAGAGGCGCUUCCAGUGGUGGAGAUGGGCCCAAAACUGGCACUAGUGCUCAGACCACAAAAGUUGGGGAUGCUGCCAGCAUCUUGAAACAAAAAUUGGAGGAAAAAUUGAUAAAUUCACAAAAGAAACUAGCUGAUAGUGAAAUUGCAUCGUUUGAGACCACGGCUUUAUCAUCAGGUCCAGUGUCACAUAACUGUUCAAUUUUCUGCAGUCGGAGGAACAGUAAAUUUUCCAUCGAUCCCCUUCUUCAUAAUCCCCUAGCUCUUCCCAUAUUGUAUGAUUGGAAACGCGACGAGGUGAGGAGGAGGGGCAAGAGUGACAAAAGGGAAGUGUACUACCGCGCACCGUGCAAUCGCAGGCUAAGAAAUAUGAAGGAAGUUUUGAAGUAUCUGCAGUUAACGGAAGUUACCAAUUUGAACGUCGAUCAUUUUACGUUCGAUUGGAGAGUACAGACGGACGAUAAUGUUCCACCGGUUACUGUUGUCGAGGAUGUGUCCAACGGACAGGAAAAUCGACCAUUACCGGCUGUGAAUGAAGUUGAUGGAACUCGUCCUCCGAACAUUCAGUAUAUGAGCAAGAGGCAAUUUGCUCCUGAAGUGAAGCUUGCAACUGAACCUGGUUUUAUGGUUUGCUGUGACUGCACAGAUAAUUGCGAGGAUGCCACGAAAUGCGCGUGUAUUCAGUUGACAAAGCAAGGCUGCAAGGCAAUGGGGAUGGAUGAUGAAGACAGAAUGACGUACAAGUAUAGAAAACUGCGAGAUUGUGUUCAAACCGGUAUAUAUGAAUGCAACUCGAACUGCUCAUGCUCGACCAACUGUUUAAAUCGUGUCGUUCAAAAUGGAAUUCAAAUACGACUCCAAAUAUUCAAGACAAAAAAUCGUGGUUGGGGCUUGCGAACGACCGACGACAUUCCCGCGGGGAGUUUUGUGUGUACAUAUGCUGGCUAUAUUCUUAACGAAGAGCUUGCAAAUCAGGAUGGUAGGAAAUAUGGCGAUGAAUACAUGGCCGAACUUGAUUACAUUGAGGUGGCAGAGAAGGCCAAGGAGGGAUACGAAUCGGACAUUUCUGAUAUGGAAGAGGAUGACAAUGUUAUUGAUGAUUUACUUCAAUCUGAUGACAACAUCUCUCACAGUGGAAACAGUGCCACUGACGUUCGAAUUUACAUGGACGAAAAUGCCGAGAGCGAAGAAGAAAUUGUGGAACUGUCAAUUGACAACGAAAAGUCAAAAGUUUUGGAAAAAGGGAAUUGCCCUCGAAGCUCAUAUGACGAUUUUGGUAUCAAAGACAUCCAAAAAAACGACACCACUGAUACUUGUGGCAAAGAUGCUCCAUCUGAUGUCGAGGCUUCAAAGACGACGAACGUUCCAGUUAAUAGCAAUGCAACGUCUUUAAAAUACGAUUCUGCUAGUAAAGAAGCCAGUACUGAAUGCGCAAAUACGAAUGUCCCAAAGCUUCUCUCUGCCAAUGAUCUGCAACGACUGGCUGCUUAUCAACCAAAAAGCCUGGAACCACCAGUUCUUACCAAACGCGGCACCGUUCUCCAAGAGACGAUCGAAAAACUAAAAAUGCGCGUCGAGCCCAAAGAACCACUUCUCGAACGUUCAGAGUUUGUUGCCGAUAGUGAAGAUGCUUAUUAUGUUGAUAAAGUAAAGGAUAAUGAUGAAUCCGAAAGUACCACCUCGUGUAACUCCAGUUCUCGUACCCAGUCUGCGUCGAGCCGUAGUAGUUCUCCUUCUUUUGAGCUGACAAGCACUAUCAAGUCUAACAGUGAAACAUACGACAGUGAGAAACGCGGUUGCUCAUCUUUAAAACAUCCACGGUUGAAAACGGAUUUCGUAAGCGAAGCGCCGACUGCGAAGCUUCUGAAAACGCGUUCACUUUUUGGAGAGGAACAUUGUUACGUCAUUGAUGCAACGUUUGGUAACUGCGGGAGGUUUCUCAAUCAUUCCUGUUCGCCAAAUUUGUUCGUGCAAAAUGUGUUCGUGGACACACAUGACGUUCGCUUUCCUUGGGUCGCUUUCUUUGCACAAACAAAUAUCAAAGCUGGCUCAGAACUUACCUGGGAUUACAUGUACGAAGUUGGCAGCGUCAGCAAUAAAUCCCUCUAUUGUCUAUGCGGAUCAGCGAUUUGCCGUGGACGACUUUUGUAGUAAAAAUACUCUGGUAUUUUAUGCUGGUUUACUUAUAUUUUGCAAUAUUAAUGCGUAAAAUUUACUCCGCCUGUGGUCGUCUAUGUUAGUUCACUGUUUAAGUUGUAAUACGUCUUGUUGUCAAAACAUGUCAUAUGACAAUAUAGUCUUGUCCACCACUGAAA